AUGUCCGACGCAGCAGCAAGACAGAUCUCGCGGGGUGCCUUUUCCGUCAUCUUCAACGACCCCGAAAAGGGCAAGGAACAGUUCCCAGUGCCCAUCUUCCAAUGCCUGCAGGUCAAGCCACUGGGCAACCAGCAGCCCGGCGGCGGCGGUGAGCGGUACCGCGUCGUCCUGAGCGACAUGGACCACUAUGUGCAGACGAUGCUGGCGACACAGGCGAGCGCCGUCGUCCACGACGGCAAGCUGGUCCGCGGCUGCAUCGUGCGCGUCAAGUCCUACCAGGCCAACUCGGUCAAGGGCAAGAACAUUCUCAUCCUCCUCGACCUCGAGGUCAUCGAAUCCCUCGGCACACCCGAGCGCAUUGGCGAACCCGUCGUCUACGACGCGAGCACAUCGGCCGCCGCGGGCCCGACCAACACCACCAUUGGUGGUACCGGGUUCUACGGUGUCAAGAAGGAAGAGCCUGGCGCUGGUGGUGGUGGUGGUGCGGCAUCGUCGACAAAGUCGGCCCCUGCGGCAGACUAUGCACGGCCCAGCGGAACGAGCUACGGUGGCGGCAACGCCGCCCACCCCAACAUCUGCCCCAUCGAGGGCCUGUCGCCCUACUCGCACAAGUGGACCAUCAAGGCCCGCGUCACCAGCAAGUCGCCCAUCCGCACAUGGCACAAGGCCAGCGGCGAGGGCAAGCUGUUUAGCGUGAACCUGCUGGACGAGAGCGGCGAGAUCAAGGCCACGGGCUUCAACGAGCAGUGCGACGCCCUCUACGAGCUGUUCCAGGAAGGCUCCGUGUACUACAUCUCGAGCCCCUGCCGCGUCAACAUUGCCAAGAAGCAGUUCACCAACCUGCCCAACGACUACGAGCUCACGUUUGAGCGCGACACCCAGGUCGAAAAGGCCGAGGACAGCAGCAACGUGCCCAAGCUGCGCUUCAACUUUUGCAACCUCGGCGCCCUGCAGUCGGUCGACAAGGACGCCACCGUCGACGUCAUCGGCAUCCUCAAGGAGAUUGGCGAGACCGCGUCGCUGCAGUCGCGCACGACCGGCAAGCCCUUUGACAAGCGCGAGCUGACGCUCGUCGACGACAGCGGCUAUAGCGUGCGCACCACCGUGUGGGGCAAGACGGCCGUCGACUUUGACGCCAAGCUCGAGUCCGUCGUGGCCUUCAAGGGCGUGCGCGUGUCCGAUUUCGGCGGCCGCUCGCUGUCGCUGCUGCAGUCGGGCGUCAUGUCCGUCGAGCCGGACAUUACCGAGGCCCACCACCUCAAGGGCUGGUACGACUCCGUCGGCCGCGCCGGCACGUUUGCGUCGCACAACACCAUGGGCGGCGCCGGCGCCGGCGCGGGCGGGCGCACCGAGGUGGUCAAGACGAUUGGUCAGGUGCGCGAGGAGAACCUGGGCAUGGACGACACGGCGUACUUUACGCUCAAGGCGACCGUCGUCUUCAUCAAGCAGGAGACGUUUGCGUACCCGGCGUGCAGCAACACGGACAAGCCGUGCCAGAAGAAGGUGGUCGAGGUCGGCGACGGCACGUGGCGGUGCGAGUCGUGCGACGCCAACCACCCGGCGCCGCUGUACCGCUACACCAUGAUGCUCAAUGCCAACGACCACACGGGCCAGCUGUGGCUGUCGUGCUUUGACGACGUCGGCAAGAUGCUCAUGGGCGGCACGACCGCCAACGAGCUGACGCGCAUGCAGCAGGACGAGGACCCGGCCUUUGGCAAGGCCUUUGAGCAGGCCAACUGCCGCAAGUACUCGUUCCGCGUGCGCGCCAAGCUCGACACCUUUGGCGACGCCCAGCGCAUCCGCUACCAGAUUGUGGGCGCCACGCCCAUUGACUUCAAGAGCGAAGGCCACAAACUGGCCGAGCUGAUCAAGCAGUUCCAGCUGUAG